AUGGGUGCCCUUGACAUCCUCGUCCUCGCCGUGACGCACCCGACCGAGGUCCGCUCCCUCGUCAGCUACAAGGUAUGGCGCGACCCCUUGAACGACAUCAAGUCGAAUCCAGAAGAGAGCGGCUGGAAUCGCCAGACGAUGAAGGACUGCUGGGGAUUCCUCGACUUGACUUCGCGAUCAUUCGCUGCCGUCAUCAAGGAGCUCAAGGGAGAGCUCAGCAGGGUCAUCUGCUUGUUCUACUUGGCUCUUCGCGCACUGGACACCAUCGAGGAUGACAUGACCAUCCCUCCUGCUCAGAAGGUGCCCCUCCUCGUCGACUUCUACAAGCGCCUCGAUCAGCAAGGGUGGACAUUCAAUGGCAGUGGACCAGACGAGAAGGACCGUCAACUCCUCGUCGAAUUCGACAAGGUCAUUGCUGAAUUCCAACUCCUCUCUCCAGGCUACAAGACGGUCAUUGCCGAUAUCACCGCCAAGAUGGGCGCAGGCAUGGCAUCCUACAUCGAAGCCUCGUCGAAGUCUCCUCUGAGCGUCAACAGCUUUGAAGAUUGGGACCUUUACUGUCACUUUGUCGCUGGUAUCGUCGGUGAAGGUCUGUCCCGCCUCUUUGCCGAGUCAGGCAUCGAGCGUCCCUGGCUGGGCGAUCAGUUGCAGCUCAGCAACCACAUGGGCCUCUUCCUUCAAAAGGUCAACAUCAUCCGCGACUAUGCCGAAGAUUCGGAGCAGGAGCGCUUCUUUUGGCCAAAGGAGUGCUGGGCCGCUCACGGAUUCUCGAGCCAACCAGAUGUGGCCAAGGGGAUUGUGGAGACGGCGCCUGGGAGCAAGAAGUUCAGGCCCCAGGGCGAGGCGGGAAAGAGGGGAAUGGCAGUCUUGUCCUCGAUGUUGCUCAACACGAUGCGUCACUCGACACGAGCUUUGGACUACCUGACCUUGUUGAGAGAGCAGAGUGUGUUCAACUUCUGUGCCAUUCCGCAGGUUAUGGCCAUUGCCACCAUCGAGCUCAUGGUCAACAACCCCAACGUGCUGCGACGCAAUGUAAAGAUCAGGAAGAGUCAGGCCGUGCAGCUCAUCCUCAAGGCGACGAACCCGAGGGAUGUCGCCUACCUUUUCCACGAAUACGCCCGCAAAAUCCACGCCAAGAUCCCCAUCGACGACUUCAAUUACAUUGCCUGGCAAGUGGAGCUGGGACGCAUCGAAUCGUGGUGCGAGCACUUCUAUCCCUCCUGGAUCACCCCAGGCGGCGGCGAGCCCCCCAAGGGAACCGUCUCUGCCUCGGGACCCGACAUGCGCAAGGCAGCUCUUGAACGCUACGCUGCCACCCGCCAUUCACUCGCAAUCGACGAAGCCAAGAAGCGUGGCGUCGACCUCUUUGGCACUCGCGAAGGCCGCAAGCAGCUCGCUGCGGACGGCAAGGGCGGUCGAUUGGACCCGCGAAGGGCCACUAUGACGGAGGCACAGAUCGCGGCGCAGGACAAGGCUGAUCGGGAUGAGAUGCUCAAGUUUUUCAUCAUCAUCAUGAUCGCCAUCUCGGUCGUCAUGGGGCUGGCAGGGUUGGUUGCUUGGUACAUUGCAUGGUAUUGGACCAAUCCAAGCGAGGUGGAUCCGCUCACCAUUUUUGUGGGCAAAGCUUGGGGUGGGGGCAAGGCGUUGGUGCAGGAGAUGAGUAAGGAUCCUGUGGGAUGGGCCAAAGGCAAGGUGCAAGUGAUCAGGGCCACGUAUGAGCUCUAA